AUGAGUCUAAACGAAACUAGAGAAGUUGAGGCACUACAACGUGUCAUGGAUGAGUUGCAAAAAGUUUACAAGAAUAAAGUCUUGCCUUUGGAGGAAUAUUACAACUUCGAUAAUUUCGAUUUACCACCCAUGGGUGACAAAGAUUUUAAUAUCAAACCCACUAUCUUGUUAGUUGGGGAAUAUAGUACGGGAAAAACUACAUUUAUCAAGUAUUUGUUAAGUCGUGGCUAUCCUGGUAUGAAGGUCAGUCCUGAACCAUCAACCGAUAACUUUUGCACUAUAUCGUAUGGUGAAAAUGACAAAUUGUUGCCUGGUCAUGCUUUAGUAUCCGACCCAAGCAAAGAUUAUCGCGCAUUAGGUAAAUUCGGUAAUAACCUAUUGGAUGAGUUAACAUGUAUUGAAAUCCAAUCUUCAGUGGUGGAAAAUUUAACAAUCAUUGAUUCACCUGGUAUCUUAAGCGAUAUGUCCAAUGUUAAACGCGGCUAUGAUUUUCCACGUGUUAUCGACUGGUUUGCUGAACAUGCUGAUCGUAUUGUCUUACUAUUUGACGCUCAAAAAUUGGAGGUUGGUGAUGAAAUGAAAGCUAUCUUGGAUUUGUUAACCAAAAAUAUCCAUAAAGUCCGCAUUGUCUUGAAUAAAUCCGAUUUAAUCGAUUAUCAGCAAUUAUUCCGUGUUUAUGGUGCGUUAAUGUUCUACCUGGGUAAAAUUAUACCGUCGCGCUUUGUUCCUCGAGUUUAUAUUGGCUCAUUUUGGGAUGAGCCAUUUAGUCGAUUAUCCACUGAAGAGAGUCGACAAUUACUUGAAGCUGAAAAGCAAGAUUUGCUUGAAGAUUUAAGAAAUUUACCACGUGAUCUUGCUAUGGAAAAGCUAGAUUAUGUCAUUAAAAGAUCGCGUUUAGUACGUUGUCAUGCUCAUUUAAUUGCUUACUUGAAAAAAGAGAUGCCAUCUAUCUUUCGUAAACAAGCUCGAAAAGAUAAUUUAAUCUUUAAUCUAUCUGAUAUUUAUUUCCAUGUUGAGGAAGAAUAUAGAAUACCGCGUGGUGAUUUUCCACCUAUUGAAGUUUUUCAGAAAUAUUUGCGCACAGCUGAUUUCUCUAAAUUUCAAACUUUGAAGCCAAAGUUAAUCGAAAUUGUUGAUCGAAUGUUACUCUGUGAGAUACCAAUUUUGAAAGAUAUGGCUUUACAAGCCAGCUCUUUAACACCAGCCAUACGUGGCGGUGCCUUUGGCUUAGGAAUGGAAGGGCCAUUUUCUACAUUAGCCAUAAGUGGCGUGGAUAUCGGUGCUAAUUCACCAUUUUGGGCAGUACGUUAUGACAAAUCCAAAUAUGAUAAAAUAUUUUAUAGUUUAAAUCCGAUUGAAGGCAGGAUAUCAUCAGAUGAUGCUAAAAAUGAAAUGAUGAAAUCUAAACUGCCUAAUAGCGUCUUGGGUAAGAUAUGGGUGUUGGCUGAUCAUGAUGGUGACAAUCUCUUGGAUGAUGAAGAAUUUGCUCUGGCAUUGUAUUUAAUUAAAUUAAAAUUGGAUGGUUGCGAUUUACCUGCUGAGUUGCCACGACACUUAAUACCACCAUCUCAACUAGGUUUGGAUUGUGCUGAGGGUAAGAUUAAAUAUGGCAUUGGCUUAGUUGCUGGAAUACUAAUGGGAUUGCAUUUUAUUUUGUUUGGCCGCGGUGGACGAUUACGUGAGGAUGAAUUUGUUAAACGUGGCGGAUUUCACUAUUAA